UGCAAUUUGUGCAACAUGGACUUUCUUCUUCUUCAACUUUUGUUCCUAAUAAUCUCCAUCGCCAUGCCCUUGUGCUUUUCUCUGAAACUCCAAAGUAACCCAACCGAUCAUCUCAAACUGUCCUCCACAUAUCAGACUUCUUCAGUGAAAGAUCAGAUAGUUAGGCUGGCCAAUGAACCCAGCACAGUGAAUUGGAUGAAAAAUGUGAGGAGGGAAAUGCAUGAGAACCCAGAACUUUCAUAUGAAGAAUUCGAAACAAGUGCACUCAUUCGCCGCGAGCUCGAAAAACUCGGUGUUGCUUAUAAAUGGCCCGUGGCUAAAACUGGCGUUGUAGCCACGAUUGGCUCUGGCUCUUCUCCCUUUGUUGCUCUGAGAGCUGAUAUGGAUGCUUUGCCUAUUGAGGAAAUGGUGGACUGGGAGAACAAGAGCAAAGCGGAGGGAAAAAUGCAUGCUUGCGGCCACGACGGCCACGUCGCCAUGCUUCUUGGCGCUGCAAAAAUACUAAAACAACUGCAAGACACAUUGCAGGGAACUGUUGUACUUAUAUUUCAACCGGCUGAGGAACGCGGUGUCGGCGCAAAGGACAUGAUUGAAGAAGGGGUGCUUGAUAAUGUGGAGGCAGUUUUUGGGAUGCACAUAGUGCUUGAUUAUCCGACUGGCGUUGUUGGAUUGAGGCCUGGAGAAUUUCUAGCCGGUUGUGGGAGCUUCAAAGCGAAAAUUCACGGGAAAGGGGGUCAUGCAGCAAUUCCUCAGCAAUCCAUUGAUCCGAUUUUGGCAGCAUCAACAUCUGUAAUCAGUUUGCAGAGCAUCGUCUCGAGAGAAACGGACCCUCUAGAUUCCCAGGUGGUUUCUGUUGCUGUGAUUAAAGCGGGGUCUUCCUUUAAUGUCAUCCCGGAAUCUGCUACAAUUUCUGGUACUUUUAGAGCUUUUAGCAAGAAGAACUUCAAAGGACUCAUGAGUAGAAUCGAAGAGGUUGUAAAAGGGCAGGCAGCCGUGCACCGGUGCUCCGCUGAGGUCGAGUUUUUAGGAAAGGAACAUCCUACCAUCCCUCCUACAGUAAACGACGAGAGAAUUUAUGAACAAGUAAGGGGAAUCUCGAGCGAAAUAGUAGGAGAAGAAAACAUACAAUUAGCUCAUACCUCCAUGGGGAGUGAGGAUUUUGCUUUUUACUUAGACAAGGUGCCUGGAUUCAUGCUGUUUUUAGGCACAAGAAAUGAGAAGAUAGGAGCCAUACAUGCACCGCAUAGUCCUAACUACAUCAUCGAUGAGGAUGUCUUUCCCAUUGGGGCUGCCAUACAUGCAGCUUUUGCCCAUUCUUUCCUAUCAGAUUCAACUGCAAAGUUGCAAUAAUUUCUGAAAGUCCAUCUUCUUAUUAUAUGUUCAUUUUGUGUCAUCCUUAAAAGUUAUUAAAAAGAUCGAUGCAUCCAGAUUGUCUUGAAAUGGUGUAUAGGAUCUUGUGAUUUAUGAUUUAAAGGAUCAAUGACUGACUUCAUUUGGAUUUA